AAAAGGAGAGAGGCCUCGCCUCUUCUCCGGCCGCUCCGCCUAUCCCAACUUGGCCACUUGCCUUGCUUUUGAGCCGUCUCCUUUAAGAGCCGGGCUUGUAACCUUGAUAUCCCGCGCCGGAAGCCGAGCGACGCGCUCAGUUCAGCUUUUCCGAGCAAAGGUAUCGGCAGCUGGGGUUGCCACCCGCGCUCGGGCAGGGGCGGCUGGAGUUCUGCGGGCGCGGGCGCUGGGCUAUGGGGAAAAGCUCCGCGGCUGGCUUGGCGGGGCUCAGCGCUGGUUUAACUUGAAGAAUUCAACCAGGGAAGAGCAGAUGGUAAGAGUUACCUCAUGUUGCCUACUUCUAUCCAUUUUGCCCUGCUGUGAUGGAUGAAUGGAAGCCUAACCCACAACCCAAGCCGUGGAAGAAACGCAGCUGGUACCUGGCCUGGAAGUACAAGUUGACAAAUCAGAGGGCACUCAGAAGAUUGUGCCAGAUGGGAGCCGUCCUUUUCUUGCUGGUAACUGUUAUUGUGAACAUAAAGUUGAUCUUGGACACUAGAAGAGCAGCCAGUGAAGAAGAAGAAUCAGCUCAGGAUUAUGAUGAAGGUUUGCAGAAGCUAGAGAUCCCUCGGCGGCCUAUCAAUAGCAGAAAAGUUCUGGACAUUGAGGUCUAUUCCAGUCGCUCCAAGGUUUAUGUUGCCGUUGAUGGGACCACGGUUUUAGAAGACGAAGCGCGGGAACAAGGCAGAGGCAUCCAUGUCAUUGUGUUAAAUCAGGCCACAGGCCAUGUGAUGGCAAAGCGGGUUUUUGACACCUAUUCUCCCCAUGAAGAUGAGGCCAUGGUCCUAUUCCUCAACAUGGUGGCCAAGGGUCGCGUCCUUAUCUUCACAAUUAAGGAUGAGGGCUCCUUCCACCUUAAAGACACAGCCAAGAGUCUCCUGAAGAGUUUAGGGAGCCAGAUUGCAGCUUCCCUCAGCUGGCGAGACAUGUGGACAUUUGUGGGGAAGAAAGGAGGUGAAGUCUAUGGUGAGAAACAUGCCAAGUCCGCACUGCUCUCCUCAUGGGGAGAGCCAGUCUUACUGAAAACCGAAGUCCAAUUAACCUCUGUGGAAGAGGCAGAAUGCCAUUGGCCAGAUACUGAGUUGAAUCGGCGGCGAAAGCGUUUUUGCAGCAAAGUCGAAGGUUAUGGAAGUGUCUGCAGCUGUAAAGAUCCUACACCUAUAGAGUUCAAUCCUGAUCCACUGAAAGACAACAAAGUUUUUGAUGUACCUGUUGCUGUCAUUGCAGGAAACAGACCUAACUACCUGUACAGGAUGCUGCGGUCUCUUCUGUCAGCACAAGGGGUCAAUCCUCAGAUGAUAACAGUUUUUAUUGAUGGAUAUUAUGAGGAGCCAAUGGAUGUAGUUGAAUUAUUUGGCCUGAAGGGAAUCCAGCACACACCCAUCAGCAUUAAAAAUGCAAGAGUCUCUCAGCAUUACAAGGCCAGUUUGACCGCAACAUUCAACUUGCAUCCGGAUGCAAAGUUUGCUGUGGUAUUGGAAGAAGACUUGGACAUUUCCAUCGAUUUCUUCAGCUUUCUAAGCCAGUCUAUCUAUUUGCUGGAAGAAGAUGACAGCUUGUAUUGCAUCUCUGCUUGGAAUGACCAGGGAUAUGAACAUACCGCUGAGGACCCUUCACUUCUGUAUCGUGUAGAGACCAUGCCAGGCCUGGGCUGGGUGCUAAGAAAGACUCUGUAUAAGGAUGAAUUGGAACCCAAGUGGCCAACACCAGAGAAGCUUUGGGACUGGGACAUGUGGAUGCGCAUGCCGGAACAGCGGAAAGGCCGUGAAUGCCUCAUCCCAGACGUGUCCCGUUCAUAUCACUUUGGCAUUGUUGGCCUCAACAUGAAUGGCUAUUUCCACGAAGCCUAUUUCAAAAAGCACAAGUUCAACACGGUCCCCAAUGUACAGCUUAAGAAUGUGGAGAGUUUAAAGAAAGAUGCAUAUGAAAUUGAACUUCAUCGUCUGCUCAGCGAGGCCGAAGUCCUAGAUCAUAGCAAAAAUCCUUGUGAGGAUUCUUUUGUCCCAGACACUGAAGGAAAAACCUACGUGAUGUACAUAAAGAUGGAGCAGGAGGCAGAUUUCACUACUUGGACUCAACUUGCCAAGUGCCUCCACAUUUGGGAUCUGGAUGUCCGGGGGAAUCAUAAAGGACUAUGGCGGCUCUUUCGGAAAAAGAAUCAUUUCUUGGUUGUAGGAGUCCCUGCCUCUCCAUAUUCAUUCAAAAAACCUCCUUCGGUGACCCCAAUCUACAUGGAACCCCCAGCCAAGGAUGAGGCAGCAGGAGCAGAGCAAACAUGAAGCAAAGCAUGGAGCGUUGACCAUAUUGCCUUCAUAGCCUUCAGGAUAGGAGGGCAGAGGAACACUUAGAACUCUCUGGGACUGGCUUUUCUCUGGAAGUCUUGAGAAGUAGGACAAGCCAAAGGGAGCUCUCCCCAGCCCCCAUCCUCAGGCUGCUACUGAGAGAGGAUAAAUUGCCUUGGAAGAACAGGCGUCUUUAAUAUUUUUCUAAGCCACUGAAACAAUGCAGUUGUCUCAUUUUUAAUAUUGAUGCUUUACUAAUUGUGGGCCACUAUUUCCCCAAAUUGGGGUUGGGCCUAAGGGAGCUGAUUGAAAGGGAUUGAGUCCCUUUGGAAGCUCUCUCCACAUUGUUAUAUAUAUAUA